AUGAGUAAAUGUAAAUUCUCUCUUGUCUUCUCCUGCAGCAUCCUCAUGCAAAGGAGGCUCUUCCUCUACAACUUCAGGAACCUACGCAAGGCCAAGGGCCGGCGUGAGACCUACCUGUGCUAUGUGGUGAAGCGCCGGGACAGCGCCACCUCCUGCUCCCUGGAUUUUGGAUACCUGCGCAACCAGAUGGGCUGCCACGUGGAGGUGCUUUUCCUGCGCUACAUCGCAGCCUGGGACCUGGACCCGGGGCGCUGCUACCGCAUCACCUGGUUCACCUCCUGGAGCCCCUGCUACGACUGCGCCCAGCACAUCGCCAGCUUCCUGCGCUCCUACCCCAACCUGAGCCUCCGCAUCUUCAUGGCCCGCCUCUACUUCUGCGAGGAGCGCAAGGCAGAGCCCGAGGGGCUGCGGCGCCUGCACAAGGCGGGGGCACAGAUCGCCAUCAUGACCUUCAAGGAUUACUUCUACUGCUGGAACACAUUUGUGGAGAACAGGGAACAGGCAUUCAAAGGCUGGGAAGGGCUGCAUGAAAACUCUGUCCAUCUUGCCAGGAAACUUCGACGAAUCCUCCUGCCUCUGUACGAAGUAGAUGAUUUACGAGAUGCUUUUAAAAUUCUGGGACUUUGAAGUGAAAGUCAUCAGCAAUCAGAAGACUUCACAAACACUUGCUCUUUGAUUUCCAACUCUCUCCCUUACAACAGAUCUUUCUACUCUUCCCUCCUUACAUCUCUCUUCCUUCCAGCCCUGUGUCUAGAGAUAAGACUAUCCUUACUUUCAUUUCCAAGGAGAAUUAGGCUGAUCUUGUGAAGACACCUUCCCCAGGCCCACACCUUAUCCAUUGCUAACUGGGAACAGCCAGGAUUGCAGUGGCAUUGCCAGAGAGUGAUUUGCCUCCCCUCAGUCCCUGCAGAGCUAAUCCAGGUGAUCCACUGAAUGGAGCUCUGGGUUCAGCCUUGCCCAGGUGGGAGCAGACAGCCUGCAAAGCUGUUUGUGUGGCUGUGCUCUCACUGGCACUGCACUGACCUGCACACUUCAUGAAGGCUUCAGGGAGCACAUUUCUUGGCUCUUAGAGCUGCACUACACUCAGCUGCUCUGUGUCCUCCCCUGUGAAAUGGUUUAGUUGUCCUCCUGGAUGUUGGUCGGAAAACCAUCCCAACUGAGGUGGUGCAGCCUAUGUAUUAACAGCAAAGUUGGCCAGCCACUGGAAAGCUCAGCAGAGAGUGUUGAAGUGAGUCCUUGACAGCCCAGGUAGCUCAGCUUGAAAACCUCACAUGAAGCCAGCAGGUCUCUCUAAGAGGAUUGUGUGCAGAGCACCACAGCUCUCAUUAUGUGGAGUGCUCUUCAUCCUCUGAGCAUUUCCCCCUAGACCAGACAUGCAAUGUGCUCCCUCCCCAGCCAGCUGCCUCUGCUGGAGGCACCUUUACAGUCCCACAGUAUCUUGUUUUUCCAAGUUUUUUAUUGCCCAUAAUAUGGCCAGCAAUGUGACUCUACUGAGAGCUGGCCAGAGAAAAUCCUGGCAUACACAAAGCUCUUUAGCCUGUAAAUAGAUAUCUUCUGUAGGGGCCAAAACCAAACCAUCCUCCUGCCUGGCAAUCACUCUGUUUCCACUAGGGGACCCCAUUAGCUCCUGAUCUGGUGGACACAGUCUUUACAAGCUGAAGAUGCAGGUUCACAGCACAUGCCUGCUCACCACCACCUUCCCACCCCGAAUUACAGCUGGAUCGCCCUCUCCAGUCCAACCUCUUGGGCCUUGCACAAGUCUAAGCGUGUCCCACACUCGGGUGUGCUCUGUCAUUUCCUUCA